AUGGAGAACGACUUGGACUUAACACUGAGGUUGGGUCUCCCGAGUCGUCCUACUGGUUGGACACACCUGAGCGUAACCAACGUCGCCGCCGGCCGCCGGGACAACAAUAACGGCGGCGGAGAGAUUAGCCUCCGCCGUAUUCUUGGUGAUGAUGUUGUGAUCAAAGACACCGAAGGUGCAAGAAACAACGUCGACAUGAAUAUCAGAGUCUACCAAUACGUCUUCCAGAAAUUCGCCGGACUCGGCGAGACGUUGAACUUCGCUCCUAUUCCGAUGCCUUCAUCUCCGGCGCCGUCUCCGGUGACUCCCACCGGGAAUGACUAUGUUCUGCUUGAUGUUCCCGCUAGGAGAGCUCAUCGGAACAAGUCUUUGGCGAUGGCAAACGCUGAUCUGGACGCAAACGCAAACGCAGACGCGAAGCGGCGUCGUUGUCACGGUGGUUUUUGUGGCGGCUGUGGACAGAUUGACGACGGGAAGAUUAAGUGUACGAACAUGAAUUGUAAUGCAAUUAGCACUCCUAUGUGGCGUAGGGGUCCUCUUGGUCCUAAGACUCUAUGCAAUGCUUGUGGGAUCAAGUUCAGGAAGGAGGAAGAGAGGAGGUCCAAAAGAAACUGA